AUGCCGGCCGCCAGCCUCCGCCCUCCGUCGGCGCUCGUUGCCGCGCAGCGCCCGCGGCCCGCCCAGCGGCGCGCGGCCCGGCCUGCCGUGGUCGCCGUCCGCGCGCACGGCCAGGCCGCCGGCCACGGCGGCGGCCACGGCGGCGCGACGGCCGCGCCCCCGACGGGGUUCAUCGCGGAGAUGAGGACGGCGGCGAUGAAGCUCCACACGCGGGAGCAGGCGCCGAAGGAGGGGCAGAAGGUCGCGGAGAAGCCCGCGGAGCAGCCCGUGAAGAAGUGGACGCCCACCCGCGAGGGCUACCUGCGCUUCCUCGUGGAGUCCAAGAUCGUCUACGAUGCAAUUGAGGACAUCAUUGCGAACUCGGACCACCCCGACUUGCAGCGGUUCCAGAACUCGGGGCUGGAGCGCGGCGCCGCGCUCGAGAAGGACAUCGCGUGGAUGAAGGAGAAGUACGGGGCGGAGGUCGGCUGCAGCCCGGAGGGGUGUGCUGCGUGCAACGGGUCGUCGCCGGGCCACACGUACGCGAGCUCGCUCCGGAAGAUGGCCGCGGAGUCUCCGACGGCGUUUGUGUGCCACUACUACAACACGUACUUUGCGCACACGGCGGGGGGGCUGAUGAUCGGCAAGAAGAUGUCCGACGAGCUCCUCGAGGGCGCCACGCUCGAGUUCUACAAGUGGGACGGCGACGUGAAGGAGUACCUCGCCGCGGUGCGCGACCAGAUCAACGCGGCGGCCGAGGGGUGGUCGCAGGAGGAGAAGCAGGCGUGCCUGGACCAGACCGCGGACAGCUUCAAGGCCGGCGGCGCGCUCCUGGGCCUCGUCGCCUCGUGA